CGUGUCGGGGGCGCGCUUUCUCGUUUGCUCAAGUAGAAGAGUCUAUAAAGGAUGUACGAGGAAGGUGCGGAGAGGAUAUUUAUAUUUUUCUGAUACAAUAUUUUGACACCAGCUUUCCUUUAGGAAUAAAGGAGAAUUAUAUGCACGGCGUUGUAGUCAAAAAUAAAAAAAGACUUGUAAUAGGCGUUGCAUAACAAAGUAUAGUGUUUGGGGCUUUAAAAUGACGGAACAGAAAAAAGCUAUUGCAAGACCCGACUUUUAAUUUAAAAACAAUAAUAACAUUGCUUGCACGAAAAAAGCUAAAUUUGUGCACUUGAGAGAUUUUUCAAAGCAUCGCAUUUACUCAGUAUGGUGCAUCAUUAUUGGUAAGCUCUGGGUGGACACAGACUGUUGCAACGUAACGGUGCUGCGUGAAUGCAAUACAACGUACAAAUACAUAAGUCCUUUCAUAUUGACAUUUUAUAUUGUUGAAGACGCAGUCGACAAUUUCAUCAAAUAAGGAGGCAGUUUGCUGGCCUUGCUAUCCCCGUCCUGAAUUGGGAAUAUCGGAAAGUUAGUCUUUUCGCUUAAAGGUUUUUUAUAUAGGUCUAGAGAAAUACCGUAUUGUGGAAUAUUUGGGAUAUUAUAAAAGGGCUGCUUAAAACUGAAAAAUGUAUGCCGGACGCAAAAGGAGAAAACCAGUUCAAAGAACGGUAAAACACUCCCCUGCUGAAGGGGUGAAGUCAAACCCGUCCAAGAGGCACAGAGACAGGCUCAACUCUGAACUGGACCGGCUGGCCAGCCUCUUGCCCUUCCCAGAGGAAGUGACCUCCAGCCUGGAUAAACUCUCCAUCCUCCGGCUCAGUGUCAGCUACCUCCGGGCCAAGAACUUCUUCAACAUUGCCCUGAAGAACCACAGUUGCACGGGGGUAGCAGGCAAGGCCAGUAGCCCUGACAACAGCAAUGCGACAGGAUUGAUUGAUGGAUGGUUGCCUGAGGGCGAGCUUCUGUUGCAGGCCCUCGGUGGAUUUGUCCUGGUUGUCACUUCAGAAGGACAUAUUUUUUAUUCUUCUCACACCAUUCAAGACUACCUUGGGUUUCAUCAGACGGAUGUUAUGCACCAGAGCGUCUUUGAGCUGAUCCACACUGAGGACCAGCAGGAGUUCAGAAGGAACCUGCACUGGGCACUCAACCCCUCCAGCCGCUCUGAACCAGAAGAGUCCACACAAGGAGGCAAAGUCCCCAGUUCCUCAGUGGUCAUUUACAACCCAGACCAGCUGCCUCCUGAAAACUCCUCCUUCCUGGAGCGGAGCUUUGUAUGUCGUUUCCGAUGCUUGUUGGACAACUCCUCCGGGUUUUUGGCAUUGAACCUGCAAGGCCGGUUGAAGUUCCUCCAUGGCCAGAACAGGUGGUCGGACGAAGGCUCCGUGGUGCCCCCCCAGCUGGCUCUGUUUGUCAUCGCCAUGCCCCUGCAGCCUCCUUCUAUACUGGAGAUCAGGACCAAAAACAUGAUCUUCAGAACCAAGCACAAGCUGGACUUCACACCUUUAGCCUGCGAUGCCAAGGGUAAGAUUGUCCUGGGAUACACCGAAGCUGAGCUCCGAGUGCGUGGGACAGGUUACCAGUUCAUCCAUGCUGCAGACAUGCUGUACUGUGCAGAGAAUCAUGUCAGAAUGAUAAAGACAGGAGAAAGUGGUCUGACGGUCUUCCGGCUCUUGACAAAGGAGAACCGAUGGAAGUGGGUCCAGGCAAAUGCCAGACUGGUGUAUAAGAAUGGAAAGCCAGACUACAUCAUUGCCACACAGAGGCCUCUUGUGGAAGAAGAAGGAGGUGAGCACCUCAGAAAGCGCUCCAUGCAUCUUCCUUUCACCUUCGCUACUGGAGAAGCGCUGUUGUACCAGACCAGCUACCCCAUCCCCGGCCUCCCUGAUCCUUUCCAGGUGAAGGAGAAGAGCGCCAAGUCCAAUAAGCAUUCUCAGAACAAGCAGGAGAAAGUGCAGAAUGACACCGUCAAUCCCAGCUCUCUUCUGGGGGCCAUGAUGAGACAAGAUGAAUCUGUUUACGUCUCCCAUCCGGCCCUGGAGCCCAAGUACUCUUUCAACGCCAGCUUGUUCAGCGAACAGGGAGAUUCUGCCAGCUUUCCCAACCCAGGGGGGGACAGCUGGAACGCAGUUCCAAACGGGAGCAAUGGGCUAAAACCAGAGCUGGCCACUUUUGGACCAGUAGACCCCCUCCUAUCAACUUUAGACUCUCUGUCAUUAGACAACGACGAGGACUGCUCAAAUAACGAGCUGUUUAGUGCACUGGAGAUGCUUGGGCUGAACGCAGAAGACCUAGAACUUCUCUUGUUAGACGAGAGGAUGAUCAGAAUAGAAAUAGACCCGGGCUACAUCCCUUCCCUCAACGACCUUUUAACAAACAACGAAAUCUUAUCUUACGUUCAUGAUUCUCUGGAGAACAGAACCGAGGAAGGGGGCUCUGAUAACCAGCUGUCCUGUCCACUGCCUGUUGCCCCCCAAACCACCCCCAAACUACAAGAAACACCAGCACAGUAUUACCCCCACCAGCAGCAGCUGCCGCAGAAUCAGCAGCCAAUUUUACAGUUGUCACAGCAAAUGCAGCAGCAUCUUCACACUCAAAACCCACCGAUUAAAGAGCACCAGUGGACAAACGAGCUUCAGUCGCUGACUCCCGAACUGCAAAUUGAGAUGAAUAUGCAAAACCUUCCCCACAGACUCCCACAAGCGAACAGCGUUCAACACUGGGACCAGCGACUGCUGGGGCAACACGCAGCCCAAAACAGUCGCUGGAUUACCCAGCACGUGCAAAUGAGCAUCAAAGGGCAGACUCCGGAGCAUAUCUCUCACACACAUCAAGGGGGUCUGCAGCCUCUGCAGCACAAGCCCCAGCUCCCACAACAGCAGCUCCACGUACAACUCCAGUCGCAGUGUAAUUUCAAACAAAAGACCAACGAUGUUUUGACAGUCAAUGGGAUGUAUGGCCAGGGUUCAAUGAAUCAGCAGACAUUGGGCAACCACAACUGGCAGGGUUAUAGCUACGUGCCGGUAACCCACCCUAAUCAGGUUGAGCAGCCAACAAACAUGUCUGGGUAUAAUACUGUGCAGGGGGCAGCCUCCUCCCAGCAGCUCUGCCCACCUCAGGUCCCAAGCACUGGAGUGGCUCAUUAUAACAUGAGCGAUUCGCCUAACCUGGAUUUUACAAUAAACGGUGGACUCGUCGAAGAAGUCCACCAGUAUCAGGGGGUGGUGGCCACUGCUUCUUCCUAUCAGAUGAUCUCCCAGAAGCAGCAGGUCCCCUCCACUUGUUUCUCUCAGUACCCUCCUCAGAAUCCCUCCUUGGAGCAGUUUCUAGGGGUAGGACAGCAGCAGCACCAGCUGUCCACUAUGGGAAUGUUUACAUUGUCAGACCCCCAGGACAACAUACAUGACAAGAUGGAGAACGGAUGCAUCCUAACCAAUGCAAACCUGGGGUAUCCCGGAGGCUGUCUGCUCCCCAACGUCAACGGAGUCCCGCAGGACAGUGCUCAUCCAAAUCUCCCCGACACUCAGACUACUGGCUUUUACCUCUAAACAUUAUCGAGGUCAGACUUGGAUUAUCCCACAGAGCUGAAUGACAAGAAGGCUGGGUCUUUUGUAAAUGAAGCACUUUGCUGAUUUCAUGUUCUCCAUUUAGCUCUCCUUUUUCUUUUCUCCUUUAAAGAUGUUGUUUCUGAUGAUGCAGUGUUAAUGAAAACACAAAACUGAGAAACAGGUGCAUGAAGUAAAAGAAAAAAAGUGAUUUUCACCAACAAAGAAAUAAAAGAAACAAAAAUAAGUGUCAGCAGUGUGGCACCUUUGCAGAAUCUCUCUCUGGUUUGAAAUCAGCAUUUUCUUUGUGAGCUGAAAACCAAAUGAUUCUAUUUUAUUUACUAAGCUUGCUGAGCAUUCUUGUUUUAAGAAAAAGCAUAAACUAUAACUGAAAGAACUGAAAGAAUUGGUUUAACAUGAAAAGCUGUAGUCUGACAAUGUCUGCACUAUGUCUAUAAAAGCCAAUAAGUAAAGGUUGGUUCAUACUUCUGUCAUAGAUGAAUGCAAUACGUCAGGCACAGACAGUUAUAAAAGCUGUGUAGCUUCAUUCCGACCAUGCAGCAAAUGUUGACAUUUUUCAACAUUAUCUGACCCUAUGUGAUUUGAGGUCACAGACACAUGAGAAAAGGCUGUAUCACUUUCCAAAAAAAAAACACGUCGCAAGAGUGUGGACGAUGUUCCGACCUGUCACACAGGGUCGGAGAACCCUAGACUCCGGCAACAAAUUAUGUAUGAACCAACCUUCAGACAUUAAAUAGGUGAUCAAUCCACAGUCUUCAAUAUAGCUUUUUGAUUUGUGUUUCUUUGCAUUGUCAACAUUGGUUGGAAGACGAAAUUGGACACGCCUGUGCUCCUCUUAACACUGGUUGAAACCCAUAAUUACCUUUUUCAAUAACUUAAAAUACCUUCAGAGAUGCAUGACCAGAUUGCUUCUUGUGACUUUUUUCCCCCAACUAUGCAUCUGCACUAGAUAUGUAAUGGCUGUAAUAUUCCUCAGGGAGUUACAGCAGAUUCCACAGAAUAAUGCAAUGAGCUGCAAUAUGACCCAUAACUUCAAGACACUCCAUCACAAUUCCAAAGUAAAACCAUGCGAACUAUAAGAAAGAAAGUCAAGUAGACACACGUUUAGGCCAGUGCCUUCUGUAUACAGAAGAGAGCACUACCCGCGUUUCUUUAAGUACAAAACUUAUACUUUUACCUUAAACUGCAAUAUGGUUUGCCUGUACGGACAUUGCUUCUGCACUAAUCCAUGCUGAAACAUGUAAAAGCCACGGUAACAGCAUAGGAAAGAGAAUUAAAACAGGGGAAGUAUACAGUAAGCAUGGAGUGCAAACAUAAGACACUGUGAUAAACUGGGACAAGAAAUGACUCUGCAAAUGUACCAUGGUCAAAUUUUACACUGCAAUUAUUCCACGACUAUGAGGACCCUCUGUACGUGCGUGAACUGGUUUGUAAUACACAUUCCAAAGAAUACAAUAUCAGAAAGUGUCCUGCAUCUCAGAUGUGCUUGGACGUGUUUGCAAGAAUCGGAAUGACAAUUUGAGAAUGUGCAGCAAUAAAAGUAAAAAUCCCUAUGUUGUGUGACUUUUGUCACACCCUGUAGAGUGGGGUAAAGUGUAGUAAAAAAGCAUAGUCAAGCAGGGUUUUAAACCAGUUGAAAUCACUUUGAACAAGCAGAAAGACAAUCAUUUUAAUCAAAAUAGUGACAAUGAAAACCAAAGUAGAAAUGCAGGGCAGUCACUUACAGCCUUCUUAUAUCAAUUAUUGAGUCUUCAUACAUUUAGAAACUCAUUAAGAAAAUGACCUGUGUUUUUAUAGUUUUUUAAUUCAAUUGAAAAUUGUGAAGACAAUCAAGUUUACGCUUCAAAAUGUUUGAAUUAAUGUAAUGUGUUUUUUAACUUUAAAAAUGUAUUCGAUGAAUUGAUGUUUUGUUUUGUGUCAAGUUUCCCCCCCCCCCAAAACAGUAGUUACAUUUUCAAGAUUAGUCUUUUGAACCACAGCUUCUUAAUACAUUUUGCAGUGAUUCAUUCAUAACUUCAAACCUGAAGUAAAAGAAACCAAGCCAAGCAGACAAACGUUCUGAGCAAUGCCUUUCAAACAACACGUUUGAAAUCGCUGAGUAACCAUUCCAAUAGGCUCAGGGUUCACCUCAGGCCUUUUCAGCCAGCGAAGUGGCUGUCGCCGCCUGGCUGAAAAAACCUGAACCCCCGUCUUGCAGACUACUGUGCUUUAAACAAAAAAGAUUGAUUACGCUUCUAGCAGACUAGAUAGAUCAUUUGCGCAUUGCUGGGUGAAAAACCAUAUGACAGCUGAGAGAUUUAAUCUGAAAUUCAACAUGAUCAUUUCAUUUUACUGUAAGAUAUGUUUUCCAGUGUCAAAACACUUUCAAAGGCUACAUGUGUUAACUUUACGCUAUAUCAUUCCUGCCCCGUCUUUUCUUUUACUUUAAUAUCAACAAAAAAUAGUUGUGCUUGUUGUUUACAUGAUUCAAAGGUCUAGUGUCCCAGUAAAAAGAUAGUUAAGAAUAUGUUUACCUUCGAAGCCCAAAACUGACAGAUCCAUACAGUAGGUGUAACCUUUAUUAUAUCUAUUUUGCUUCUUGAAGCUAUACCAGAGAUUGAAGGUGUCUUUUAUAGCACCCUAACAUUGCAUGUAGUAGCACAAGCAUGUUUAUGUGGCUCGUCAUUUUAUGGGGGAGUAGAAGAGGGGGCUUGUUUCUACUUCUGCUAAAACUAUAUUUGGGGAGUGAAAACUUGACUGUCAAAACAGCUGAUAAAGCACAGAGAAGGCACAACUAAGAGUGUAGUUAACAGAUACUAAGGGAUAAUUCUAUCUGUAGCUUAAAAAAGCUGUAGCCAUACACAACCAAGUGAAGGGUAAUACAGAUAUGUGUUUACAGCAUACUUAUCCUACAAUUGUGCAGUUUCGGAAAAAAAAUGACAUGUGGUACUACAAUAGGUAAAAUAGUUCUUAUUUGCUUGCCUUGCCUCCAAGGAAAUUUGUUACACUUGCACUUCCUAGGUCAUUUCCCCACAACAGUGUUUUCUGGGUCGACCAUCUUACUGGCUGUAAAGCAUGUCAGUCAAUAGGGGAAGCAGCUUGUUGGUUCGUUACAGGAAAGUUGGCUCUGAAGGGGUGGGGAUAAUUUCACUGUCCAGGGAAAUGACUGUGAAAGUGAAAGCAAAUAUUUAUUCCAAAACUAUACAUUUGAGGAGUAUACCGUGAAUGGAUGUGCAUGGCAUGGGAAAUGUAUAGAAUCAUUUUUGUUAGCUACAAACUCUUUAAAUACUGAAGAAGACAGCAGCCAGCCUGGUAGAAAUAUUGCACAGAUAGCCAUUGAGGUGCUGGUAAACGAUUAUGAAGUGAGGCAUUCCAGGUGUCAUCCGCAGUACAUAAAGAUUGAACUCUGUUGUUCCUUUUUAAUAUAGAUUUAUUUCUAAACAAUACAAUCAAAAUGAGAUAAACCUCUUACAAAAAAAGAUGACUGACAAUCAAUAGAAAUGGACAUUAACUCGUUCUGUAAAUAGUAUAAAGUAUGUGAUUUUUAUUACAUUUGUCGCAAGCACUAUUUAAAAAAAGAAAAAGCACUGCUUCCUGUGAAGCUCCUUUCUCUAGCAAAAGUAGACUGGUAGGGAAUAUUUUUAAUUCAUUAUUGUAUAAAACUAUACAGUACUGUGUAUAAAUUAAAUGUUGUGUUUUUAAAGGUUAGACACUUUAGAAGAAAAUAAAAUGGUGCCAUAAUGUUGAGACUCACUUUCUCAAGUUUAGUGUUUCAUGUUUAGGAAAAUAAGAACGUUUUGUCAAUGUUGAACUUUUUUUUUUUUUUUUUUAAAUCACAUUAAAUUAAUUGUAAUAAUGCUAACACACUGAAAGUCAAUGUAGAUGUAAAAAAUAAUAAAAGAAUAUGGAUAAACUUUAAUCUUUGUUUCUUUUGAUUGCUUAUCAAAAUGUAAUCUUCAUUGGUUCUGAACAAUAAAGGA